CCUAACACUCUUCUCCCGAAAAGAACCCUAGAAACAAAAGAGGUCUACAUCGAACAUGAUUACGUUGACUAGCUCCGAUGGCGAGUGUUUUGAGAUUGAAGAAGCGGUGGCGCGUAAGUUCGAGAUCGUAGCAAACAUGAUCGAAGACGACUGCGCCAGUGGAUCGAUCCCAUUAGCAAACGUAGCCGCGAAGGCCCUAGGCGCAGCGAUCGAGUAUUGCAAGACGCACGUCGAAGCUGGUGCGGUCGAAAGCAACGAGGCGGCUGCGGAUAAACUCAAGAAGUGGGACGAUGAAUUUUUGGCUAAAUAUGAUAAUGCUAUGCUGUUCGAUCUUUUGACCGCUGCUAACUAUCUAAACUGCAAAGGCCUUCUCGACCUCACAUGCCAAAAGGUCGCAGAUAACAUCAAAGACUUGUCACCAGAGGACGUCCGCACGAUUUUCAACAUCCAGAAUGAUUUUUCAGAAGAAGAAGAAGCAGAUGUUCGUAAGGAGAACGAAUGGGCUUUUAAUUAGUGAUGUUGAAAUCUUUUCUAGUCUUAAAAUUAUUUAUGACUUGGUUUGUCUCUUUUCGACUUAGUGAAUGAUUUUAUUUUUCUUGUUUUCGAGUGUGCGUGAUUGACAUAUUUGCUUAU